AUGGAGGACCAGUUGGGAGUGGGCUUAGUAGGCCUGUUGGUUCUGUUGAAACAUGGCCAGAUCACGACAAUCAGUACCCUCCUAACACGAUAUCCGUUUUGGGAAUCUGCAUUAGACGCUUCAAGCGGUCUCUACGAUGUUGGUGCCCUGGAGACAUUGUUCUUCCACGGUCUGGCAGCGCCGUUCAUCGGUGCUGGAGAGGGCGAAGGUGCUAUCUCGUGCACGGACAAAGUUCAACUUGGCUGCCGGACUGUUGCUUACCAUGCCAUGGCAAUCAACGACUUCAAGCUUUGUAAAUGGCUGUUACAGAUUGGCAUGGAUCCUGAUGAAUUCUAUGUCGAGCAUGACCUUGAUUUCUCGAUCACGAAAACACCAAGAUUACACUGCUCUUUUCCUGGAGGCAUAGGCACGCUGAAAUUAUAUGAUGGCCACAUGAUACCUUCUCUCCUCGCCGUCGCCGCCGAGAAUAGCGACGUAGAUUGGAUGAAGUUCCUUGUGACUGAAGGUGUAUAUGUCGUUGACUCGAUGGCGUUAUUGCGGGCAAUCAAACUGAGGGCAACCAUCGCUACAAUACAUUUUCUUCUCGACGCAGCCAAGCCAAGAAUCUCUUCUGCUGAACGAAACUAUGGUGUUGCAGCACUUCGUCAAGCGAUCUCGUACCGCGAUAUCCUCAGGAUAGAGGUUUUGUGCGGUGUUGUACACAUCAAUGGCAUCGAGCCGUCCGAAGAAGAAUUUGAGUCCUCGGUUGGUAUUAGCCCUCUAGGCGAAGCAAUAAUCGCAAACGACUCCGGGAUGGUACAGCUGUUAUUGGAGCAUUGUGCCAGCCCCAACGCAUUCGUAUCCUUUGAAGGCUUGAAGAUGUCGGAGCAUAUCAAGAGUCACAUGCGACGAGUAACUCCCUUACUGGCCGCUAUCGACGUACAAAGUCUUCCUCUAGUAAAGAUACUGGUGCAGCACGGAGCAGAGCUGCAGUACACACGCAACAUGGGUAUCAGCCGCACACCUCUGCAAAGAGCCGCUGAGACGGGUCGCUUUGACAUCGUGGAUUACCUCGUCGGCCAGGGUGCGAUUAUCGAUACAACUCCAGUAUACUCUGGCGGCACCGCAUUGCAACUAGCUGCCAUGAGCGGUUUCUGCGGCAUUGCAGCAUUUCUGCUCGAGCAGGGGGCCGAUCCAAUGUACCCACCGGCCAAAGGCCACGGCCGAACUGCUUUCGAAGCAGCAGCAGAGUGGGGUCAUGUCGAUACGAUGUCGCUUUUGAUGCAGUGGAACGUCAACCUCGAUGCGCAGUUUGGAGAGCCUCCCGAAAGUCAGUACGAGCGGGCUUUUUAUUUUGCCGAGAAUAACGGUUUCAUGGCGGCAUCGCGGUUCGUCGAACAUCUCUAUGAGCAAAGGACGAGAGACGAAAGUUGGCCUGCGGGUUUGGUGUUGGACUCGAUGUGA